GUUAAAGUGUAGAAAUUUCAGGGCUGCUCGACUAACUAGUUGAGGAUUUCACACGGAAAAAAACACUUCAGGCAGAAAUAAAGACUCAUGGGAAAGCCUUAGACGUGGAUGACCUACAGAAGAAUAGGAAUUGAGAUGAUUCAUGUUUCACGGACACCAGAAUUCUUCAAUUGUGGAAACAUGAAUUUCAUCCCGGACACAUUCUCUGACCACAAUCUGGAAUCUAUGGCUAGAAGCAGAACCAGACAAAGGUCUCACUCCUAUUACAAUGCAGAGUUAAAAAAGCCUCAUGGUGUGGACACACAGAAAGAAGAAACCUGUUUAAGACCUCGAUCUAGGUCUUUUUACAGUUAUGAGACAUCAGAAGAUGACAUAAGACACUUUACAACCUCCCCUACGUCAAAGAAGAUGCAAAGCUCACCGCUAAAGUAUCAAGCAACCAAAAAGGAGGAAAGAGACCGGGAUGUGUCGGUUGUUGAGUUCACCUCUAAGAAGUCAAAGCAUAAACCAAACAAGCAAUCACCAUCUAGAGAAACCUGUGGCAGUAAAUGCCAUCUCAAGCAAGUUUCCAUGAUGACCAUCUCUGAAGCAGACAACUGGGAGAUUUGUUCCAGCUCUGGGAUGAAGUAUGGGCAGUUUGUGGACUGGGAGAAAAUUGAUCCUGAAGCUGCAAAAAAAUAUCAACAAAUCCUACGGAGUGAGCACCAGCAGCUUAAAACUAUGGCUCGGGAAGGAUUUUGGGCCAUGCCACACACACUAAGGGCCAAAGCUUAUUAUCACAUCAUCCACAGCAUCAAUUCUAUAAGGGCUGUAACUCCAGACAGAGAUGUCUACUAUGAACUGGCCAAGAAGCUAUUUGGAGAACAAAAACUUAGCAGCCACCCAGUCCCGAAGUAUAUGGAAGAUGGAGAAAUACCAAGAUACUGCCUCAACAAAGCAGGCCUGAAUUCUGCAAAAAAGGUUCUUCUUUGCCUCGGAAAAUACUUCAUAGACAUGAACUUCUGCCCCAUUCUACCCGCCCUGGUGUCCCUCAUCCUCCACUUCAGCGAGGAUGAAGCUGAAUGUUUCUACAGUGUGUCCCAACUUAUCUGCUACAAUGACCCCAACAAGCGCUACAUUGACCAGACCUUCCUCACCUACCGUGCUUCCUGUAUGACCUUUGGAGACCUUGCCAACAAAUGCUGCAGAGGCAUCCGCAAGCUGAUCGCCAGCUCCCACCAGAACCUGUUUGAGUUUUACUCUGACUGGAUCAUGUGGAUAUUUGCUGACCUUCCGUUCACAUAUGCCAUUAGAGUUCUAGACGUCUACCUACUGGAGGGCUACAAGGUCCUCUACAGGGUUGCUCUGGCUUUGCUUGGCCUCUAUAAAGUAUCGGUGUCAUCUCGAGUGGCAGAUGUGGAAGACUUCAGAACAGACAUGAAAAGAUUUGUGCAAAACGUAGCUCGCCACUGCCCGGCUGAGAAGCUCCUAGAAAGAGCCUUCAAGAUUUCAGUACCCACAAGGAGAGACCUUAACCUACUGUUCACUGCCAAUAAAGAGUCACUCAUACUAAAAGGUGUCAGCAUAGACCAGAAAAGGCUACCAGUAGAGACCGUGGAUUUCAACAACUUUCGUUCCAGUGUUGUAACAGGGACUGAGAUGAGAGUCAUCUGGGCCUGGAUACCUGAGCGCUUUGCCCUCUUCAGUCCCUUUAGGUUGUUCAGCACAGCUGAGCAUGAAAGGACUCUUGCUUCAUUCUAUUCACAUGUAGAGGGACACGAACCAGCUGUCAUGAUUAUUAAAACUGUGGAUGAAGAGGUAUUUGGUGCCUUCUUGUCAACAGAUGUAGCAGAAAGAAGAAAACAUGAUUCAGAGGAACUUGCAUACUUUGGAACUGGGGAGUGUUUAGUUUUCACGCUCCGUCCCAACAUGGAGCUCUACCAGAGAUCUAUGGUCAAUAUAAUGAGCCGAAGAGCUUCUCCUGAGCAACUUCGAGGCAGCAUUAGUGCUUCCCCUCAGGCGUCAACUAAUGGCAACAUCCCCUCCAGCACAACUCUGACCUGUCCUGCUGGGACACUGCAAAAUCCCAGCUAUCUGAUGGUCACUGCACCACCAGUGGAGGAAUCCAUGUCUGCUAAAGAGCCCAAGAGGCCUAAGGAGCAAGAGGCAUCCAAGUUCAUAGCAGGCGAUGACAAUCAGCUUAUUAUUGGUGGUGAUGGAGGCCAUGCUCUCUGCCUGCAAAGAGACCUACAUGGGGGUUACACAGAGCCGUGUGAAACUUUUAAGAGCAUCGCACUCUGCAAGAGAGACUUCAAGAUCCAGUCCCUGGAAGUGUGGGGCAUCCAGAACUCCAUUUCCUUUUCUCAUUGUUUUCCUUCUAAGUGAGUUAGAGAAAACAGCACUGUGACUAUUUUUGGUAAAGACUGAAACAGUUUUUCCUUCAAAGAAUUUGAGUGAUUUUGAUUGAUAUGCAGCCUACAGAUAUUUCACACUUGUCCUGUGAAAUGCUAAAUUGUGUAUUUUUGUAUAGUUAAGUGAGAUUUUAGUUUGUUAAUCAAAGUUUAUUUGUACAGAUUUGGGUCACAUGCAAUGUCUUAGUGAACUUUAAAAUCCAGGUAAACAAAGGUUGUAAUCUCAGGGCAGCUCUGAAGGAACACAAUGAUGCUCUUUAUGGUGCAUAUACUCACUUUUCUGUGAUGAAUCUAGGAGAACUAGUUUUAUAAUACUCUGUAAUAACUAAGGCACUACAUUGACUAAAGGAUAAUAUUUGUAAACAUGCUUUGAAAAUUGCAACUCCAUCUGGUUUUAACUGGGAAAACAGUAACCUGCAGUACUUUAUAAGUUCUGUGUCCACUGUUAAAUCGUGUAUUUUGAUUGUGGAGUUUAUGUAGAUUUGAUGCACAGUUGUACAAAACAUCCCUUUUGAAAUCCUUUAUUUGCAAUUCUUCUCAGUUAAGUAACUUAUUCCGAUAAGUGUUCUAUUAUUAACAUGGCUGUAUUUGUGAUGGGAUUGAAAACAAAUAAGCAAAUAAAGUUUUUUUAUUUGUU